AUGGCCAUAACAGCAUCUCUGUCCUUUAUACAGCAAAGCCUCAUUCUUAUCCCUCUACGGUCAAUAGCUAUAGCAGUUCUUCUCAUCCCUUUUCUUUAUUUCAUUGUUAAUGAAUUCAUCCGUGCUUCCUCUCGUAUUCCUGGAUUCAAAGGGCCCCGUGGUCUACCUUUAAUUGGGAACAUCGCCCAAAUUCGCAAGAAUGCUGCUGAACAGUAUCGCAUAUGGUCCAAGACCUAUGGGCCCGUUUAUCAGAUUCAGUUGGGGAAUAUUCCGGUAAUCGUUGUGAACUCUGCCGUCUCUGCAAAGGCAAUUUUUGGGCAGAAUGCACAGGCCUUAAGCUCACGGCCUGAGUUUUACACCUUCCAUAAAAUCGUGUCCAACACUGCUGGCACAACCAUCGGGACUUCUCCCUACAGUGACUCGUUGAAAAGACGUAGGAAGGGUGCCGCCUCAGCCCUUAACCGGCCGUCGGUAGAUUCCUAUGUCUCGCAUCUGGAUGCAGAAUCCAAGGCAUUCGUGGCGGAACUUCUUAAGUAUGGAAAGGGUGGGAACGUACCCGUGGAUCCCAUGGCGAUGAUCCAACGCCUCAGUCUGAGUUUGGCAUUGACUCUCAACUGGGGCGUGCGUGUGGUAUCACAGGAAGAGGAUUUGUUCAAUGAGAUCACCUACGUGGAGGAAGAAAUAAGCAAAUUCAGGAGCACCACGGGCAAUCUGCAGGAUUACAUACCUCUCUUGCGGCUAAACCCCUUCAAUACUAACUCGAAGAAAGCCAAGGAGAUGAGAGAUCGGCGAGAUAAGUACCUCAAUGGACUCAACCGUGAUCUAGACGAUCGUAUGGAGAAAGGAAUCCAUAAACCCUGUAUCCAAGCCAAUGUCAUCCUUGAUCAGGAAGCAAAGUUGAACUCAGAAGAACUUACCUCAAUCAGCUUGACUAUGCUCUCAGGAGGGCUUGAUACUGUUACUACGCUUGUGGCUUGGAGUAUCGGUCUCCUUGCCAAGCGCCCAGACAUUCAAGACAAAGCCGCGGAAGCGAUUCUGAACAUGUAUGGUCCUAACCAACCAAUGUGCGAUGCUGCAGAUGACCAGAAAUGCGCCUAUGUUGCUGCGCUGGUACGAGAGUGUCUAAGGUACUUUACGGUCCUUCGCUUGGCUCUCCCUCGGACAUCGAUCAGAGAUAUUACCUACGACGGCAAUAUAAUUCCUAAGGGAACAGUUUUCUUUCUAAAUUCGUGGGCUUGUAAUAUGGAUUCCGAAACCUGGGGCGACCCGGAGGAGUUUAGGCCAGAAAGAUGGUUUGAACAGCCCGAUGCGCCUUUGUUCACUUACGGGCUAGGCUACCGCAUGUGUGCAGGCUCACUCCUUGCUAACCGCGAACUGUAUUUGAUCUUCAUGCGCACCAUUAACAGCUUCAAGAUUGAACCAUAUGACGAGAUCAACUGGCACCCUGUCCAUGGCAAUUCAGAUCCUACAAGCCUAGUGGCAAUUCCGAAAAAGUAUAAGGUCAGAUUUAUUCCCAGGGACAAUAAAUUGCUUGAGGAUGUUCUUGGUUCAACGUCUUCAUUGAAGCAUGCUAUAUGA